CCUCUGCGCCACUGUACCUCUGCUACGCCUCUGCUGAUUGCCGCCGCACGAAACUGAGCCCGUUGCCGCGGAUGAUAUUUGUCGUGCAUGCGUAAAAUAAAAGUAAGCAGAACGAGAGUCAUGGCUAUACGGCGUGUCAUGAGCGUCGCUGCCUCAAUAUUCGUUUUUGUUUUUGUUAUUUACACUGCUGCCCGAUUUGCAAGUUUCUUGUCUUGGAGUUACAGCAGUUCUCGUACUGCCGCGAUCCAAAUGUCUCACAGCCCCCUUAUGUGCACGCUGUGGGACGUUGGCCUUGCACUGCAGUUCUGCUUCCAGCACAGUGUUCUUUGCUGGCCAAAAGUGUGCAGAGCGUUGGAAAGCGUCUGUGGAGUUCUCUCGAGAAGUGUUUACUUGCUCGCCAGCUGCCUGUCACUAAAGCUCCUGAUUCUGCUGUGGCUGCCAGUGGACAGUCACAUUCUGUGGGCCAUCGAGGAAGGUUCUCCGCUCUGGUGGACACUUCCUGCCACCCAUGGUGUCUGCUGGGCUGUCAUCUACAUUGGCUGCGUCAUCACAGACCUUGGUGAACUGGCUGGAAUCAAACAGGUUUGGUACAGUGCAGAAAGCAGCAGGUACACCAGCUCAAAGUCAUGGCAAUUGGAGCACUUGCUGCAGCACAUGAGGCAUCCUAGCUUUGUGGCACUGAGUGUCAUUCUCUGGUUUUACCCUCUGAUGACCUUGGACCGGGCUGUUCUGGCACUUACUUUCACACUCUACCCUUUUGGCUGGUUCAAGGCUCAAGUGAAAGAUUACGAAUAUUGCCACUGCUUCUGGAGAUCCAAGCUGGCGGACCUGUUUCCCAAAGCUGCGUCACAGUGAAGCAGCUUUGUGGCUUCACUACGACUGUGGCUUUAAACCUUGAAGCCAUUUUGUUGUAAGAACAGUUAUCCUGCAUCAAGUGAUCAUCAUUUAGGUUGGUAGCAGAAUGCUUGUAGGUGGCAACACAAAUUUUAUUGUUGCUUUCACGUGGACAUUAGCCACUGUUGCUAGCUCCUACAACUUUAGCCAUUGUACAGGACAUGAUUUGUGCACAAAUCUCUGCAUUAUGUAUGUAGUGUUAUCCUUAGCUCCACACUGCCAUUUGUAUAUUCCACAUCAACCAAGCUUCCCCAGCUUUAUUUAUUAAUUCUAAAACACACCUUUUCACAGCAGCUAUAUAUCAUUCUGGUGAGGCUGUGCCGAUUUAGUUGUCUCUCUUGCAGUAAACAUGCUGCACACAUGACGAAUUCUUAUGA